AUGAAUAGUUAUAUUUAAAUAUCUUGCUAAUAAAAUUUUUCAACAUAAUUUAAAAACUACAAAAACCAUAAAAUUCAAAAUGAAAUUGGUAUUGGAUUAUGUGAUGGGAGAUAUCAUAAAAAAUAAGGGUUCUAUUUUAAAAUGUAAUAGAGGACACUUUUUGAUUUUCAGGAUUGGGUUGAAAUAUUUGCAUUAAUGACACAUGUUGGAUUAUUGUUAUUUAAAUAAGCUGGAGCUAUGCAUCCAAUUCUGUUAAUUCCAUGUGGAGAUGCAAUAAUAAUAAAAAAUCCAUUAAAAUGCAAUCCAAAUUGUCUGAAGAUAAAAUAUCGCGAUCAUGAAUACGUUUUUAAUAUAACUUCAUAAGUAUUAUGA